AUGGCUUCCAGCCUCCCACAUCGGCGGCCGGCGUCAUUCCGGCGCUUUGCGUCAAUACCUCAAAAUUAUGGCCUCUUUGUUGUUAUUCUCGGACUCCUCUUCUUUGUAGCAAACGCCACCGGCCAACAAGAUCCAAUCAACAACUUUUGCCGGCGUUUUGGACACCAGUCGGCCGUCGUCGACCGGCGCCUCUACAUUGAUGGCGGGCUCGUCAACUGGAACCCCAUCUCCACGUACCCGGGCAACUACUCCAACACGUGGCUGCUCUACCAGGACCUCGCCCGCGACGUCGCCGACGUGGGCAUGCCGCCGCUGUACGCGAAUUUGUCCAAAAACAGCAGCAUCCCGGACGUCAGCGGCGGCUCCCUGUGGGGCGACGAGGUCAACAAGUACCUGUACCUGUUUGGCGGCGAGUACUACCAGCAGCCGCCGCCGACGCGGUUUCUGCUGUACGCCUACGACAUUCUCAACAACUUUUGGGUCUCGCUGGGCCCGCCGCAGCCGGCGAGCAUUUCCCCCGUGUCCUAUGGCGCGGGCGUGGCCGUCUCGGAGCGCGGCGAGGGGUACUACUACGGCGGCUGGCUGUCCAACAACUCAGUCAGCGGCUGGGGCGCCGACAGCCCGCCCGUGGCGACGACGGGGCUCGUCAAGUACGACAUGGACACCAACAGCUGGACCAACAACACGGGGCCCGACGGCGUGCGGCGUGCCGAGGGCGCCCUGGUAUUCAUCCCCGCGGGCGACGGCGGCAUGCUCGUGUAUCUGGGCGGCAUCACCGACCUGUACGGCAACGGCACCGUGACGGGCCAGGGCCUCGACACAAUCUAUCUGUACGAUGUCCUGAGCUCCAAAUGGUACGCGCAGCACGCGUCGGGCACCAUCCCGGGCGAUCGCCGUCGGUUUUGUGCUGGCGUCACCUGGGCCGCCGACCAGUCGAGCUACAACAUGUAA